AUGGAGCAUAACACGGUUACGAUAUCACUGGGUCAUGCCUUGCAAGCUAAUCAACAUUUAACAAUUUAUAUUCAACCAGAUUCCAAAUGUUUACAAUGGACUGAAUUUGGUAUUCAUGAAAAUGAUAUUCAAACAUGCAUGUUCAUUUCUAGAGAAGAACCUAAAGACUUACAACAGCAUCUGCAAAUAGAAAUACAAAACAUGUUUUCUAAGCCAGUACUGCACUAUACCAACUGCACAACAUACAGCAACGGACUCAUCUACAACAGAAAUAUGCUCAUUAUUGUGGAAUGGGAUGAAGAGUUAGACCUAUUACAGAAUUUAGCUCAAAAUCUAGAACGCCUACGUCAAGCACAUAUCAUUUUUAUCUAUACAGGAGGUGAUUCGCAAGCACCAAAUAUUUCAGAAUUAUUUGAACCUCUUUUCGAAUUUUGUCGGAAUAAUAGUAUGAUAAAUGCAAUUGCCAUAUUCCCCCAUUUUGUUGAAAGCCAACAGUUCUACAGUUACAGUGAAUAUCCGAAAUUCAACAUUGAAACAAAAUAUUUUCCCUCAAAUGCAACAAAAAUAUUUCCGGAACGCAUGCAAAAUCUAAAAGGCCAUGAAAUAGUAACAUUGCCAGAUCAAAUUUCACCUCGUACUAUACUUUACCAGACUGCAAGCGGAGAAAAGUUGUUGACCGGCUAUGUUGCGAAGAUGACUGAAUUGUUUGCACAUAAAUUGAACGGCACGCUUACGUAUUCACUUCACUACAACCUCACUUUGGGUAAAUCCAUAUUUUAUCGUGAUUUCACUAAUUUCACACGCAAUGGCACAGUGGAGUUACCCACCAGCAUAUCAAACCCUGGCAAAAAUCAGUCAUAUGAUCAAUUUACAUAUCCUUUUGAAUUGGCCAACUUUUGCUUAAUGGUGCCCGUGGAACUAGAAGAAACAUAUAUUGACUUUUUUCUUAAACUUCUGCAUUGGACACGUGUACUUGGUGUGUUGAUUAUUGUGGAAGUAUUUUCUAUAUUUUUUGUUGUAUGUCACAAAUUGCUAAAAGUAAACUCCAACCAACCAUUUGUGUUGCAUUGCUUGGAUCUGUUCUUUCAUCCGCAUGCAUUAUCUGGUAUAUUGGGUUUUUCAUUUUUUCUACAUCCACGCCCUUUGUUAUCUCUACGAUUGUUAUAUAUUGUGUUGUUUGUAGUCGGACUUAUUGCUACAACGUUUUUUAAUGUUGAAUUGAAUGCAUUUCUGACGACACCAUCAGCAAAGAAACCGAUUCGUUCAUUGGAUGAUAUCAAAACCUCGAAUUUGAAAAUAUUAAUGGGAAACGAUGAAUUCAAUAAUCUUCUUCCCAACAUACGGGAAAACUAUAGAAGUUGUUUUGAGUUAGUAAAUAAAUUUGAAGAGUACAGUGUGGUAAGAGAUUCAUUGAAUACAAAGUAUGCAUAUCCAGUUACCACAUCAAAGUGGUAUGUCUUUGAGGCACAACAACGUCUUUUUGAACGCCCACUGUUUCGUUUAACGAAGAUUUGUUUUGAACCUUUAAUGCAUCUUGGAUAUAUUUUAGCACCAGACUCAAUUUUUAAAGAGCCGCUUCAACAGUUUAUAUUACGUGUGCAGGAUUUAGGUUUGGAUAAAUAUUGGUUAGGACGUUCCUUUUAUGAUUUGGCUGCUAUUGGAAAUAUGAGUUUCAAGGAUCUCUCGACAAAAAGGAGCCAAGGGACACGCGCUGCCAUUCAACAUAUCAACAUGAGUUCAGCACAGGACUCAGCGUACAUAAUUGCAUUUAGAAGUACAAGCAGAAAAGUCAAGCGCAUUCCUCGACUGCUCCAUGCUGAAAUGUAUGCCAACAACAAUAACUCGUAA